GAUCACAUCGCGUAUCGCUCGUUCGCGCACGAGGAUUACGGCGUCGAGGGCGUGUGCGAGGUGUUCGAACGGCUCGGAUGGGAGACGGUGAGCGCGAGCGAGGGCGGACGAUUGGAGUUUACGGAGAAGCGCGUGCGCGCGCGAUGGAUGAAACCGCCGAAGACGCCGCGAGGAGAGACGCCGCUGCCGAGGAUAUUCGUCUCGGAGUUGGUCGUCGAUGCGUGCGACGAGGAGUUGAAGGGAUAUCUGACGCAACACUUCGAGCGCGUGGGGGAGGGGAAGGUGUUGCGGAGCAUGGAGUGGGCGAAGGGGCGAAACGCGCGAUGGCAAUUGCCGCCGGCGAGCGUGUACGCCAAGGUGGAACGGUUGAGCGAAUACGCGAGUUGGACGCUGUUGCACGGAUAUGCGGUGAAUCACGUGGCGCUGAGUUUGUUUCAGUUGCGUAAGAUGUAUCCGGAGACGCCGUUGCGGACGCUGGAGGAUCUGGAGACGUCGUUCGCGAGCAACGCGGCGUUUAGUAGGAUCAGGUGGAACGAGAGCGGUGGGCGGAUUAAACGCUCACCUUCGGGGCUUCUCGCACAGAGUGCGCUCAUGUCGGAGGACCAUGAGGACACGUUCAAAGAUUACGGUUUGCCGGGAUCGUACGUGGAAUUCGUGCAGCGCUUACCGAAACCGCAGAACGCAGACAAGUCGUUCGAAGAACUUCAGGAGUGCGACUUACGCGAAGGCUUCGAGGCGGGAAAUGCGAGUAAGAUUUUUGAUUCCACGAGU